AUGGACGCCCCUUAUACUAUUGGCAACAAUUCACAGGACUUUUGCAGCGCCAGAUACAAGAACUUCGCCACUCCAGAGGGUGAACUGUGGUGCGAGCCGGUCUGGGACUCGUUGCUCUGUUGGCCGCCUACCAAAGCGUCGACGACGAUCAAGCAGAGAUGCCCGUUCGAGGAUGGAUUCGAUACGACUAAAUCUGUGGAGAAGAAGUGCGGUUACAACGGCCGCUGGGAAGGCCAGAAUGACACGAGCAACGAGGAUUCCCCGCAUGGAUGGGCAAACUACACAACAUGUCUCACACCAGAAAUGCUACGGCUGCAUGGAAAAGUUUACACGAACACCAUCGAGGGUAACAUGAAAAUGGACAUAGCAGAAAAGACCCGUACACUGGAGUUUGUUGGUUUAAGUAUCUCCUUAGUAGCACUGCUCGCUUCACUUGCCAUAUUCUGCCGUUUUAGGUCCUUGAGGAAUACCAGAACUAGGAUACACAAGAACCUGUUUGUCGCCAUGGUUGUCCAGGUUUUGAUUAGAUUAACUGUGUACAUAGACAUUGAGAUCCUGAGAAGGAAGACUUAUGGUAUCCAGAGAGGCAUAGGCAACACUCCUGUGCUGUGUGAGGCCAGCUACACCCUCUUAGAGUACGCGAAAACUGCAAUGUUCAUGUGGAUGUUCAUAGAGGGCCUGUUCCUACACAACAUGGUCACUGUGACGGUGUUCCAAGAGAAUUCUUACUACAGAAUGUACCGGUUCAUUGGUUGGGGCUGUCCUGUCAUGAUGACACUAGUCUGGGCCAUUAUUACUGCAUUUUACUACCAUCCAAAGUCGAAGUUUUCUAGAUGUUGGUCUGGAUACAACCUGUCUUCCUAUUUUUGGAUCCUAGAGGGACCCAGAUUUGCAGUGAUAUUGCUCAAUUUUCUGUUCCUGUUGAACAUCGUCAGAGUGCUCGUGGUGAAGCUGCGGCAAAGCCACACUAGCGAGAUCGAGCAAGUCCUAAAAGCUGUGAGGGCGGCUGUAGUGCUUCUACCCCUUCUAGGCAUCACAAACGUGCUCUUCAUGAUUGAGGCACCUUUGCACAACGUGAAAAAGUUUGCAUUAUGGUCCUACUCCACUCACUUCCUGCAAUCCUUUCAAGGUCUCUUCAUUGCAAUACUCUACUGCUUCCUAAAUGGCGAGGUGAGAUACUUAGAUCAAACUAUAUCCGUCUAUCUUUCAUUAAGAGGAACUGACCUACAGGCCAGGAGACAGUCGACUUUCAGUGGUUGCCAACCCCAACGAAUCACAUCAGUGAUCGAGAUGGAGGAACAGGAGGUGAGAUCCAGCGGAUGGAUAAGACUGUGCUGUCGAGGUGGAAACACUCCACCGCCGGACCGACCUGCCGACGGUUUGACCAUAGAGCAUCUCUGGACUCCUCGACGUUGAGCGAAAGCUUCAAAAUUUCAUCCAAACCAUGAAGAGCUGGGCUAUAAACCUUUCCGAGCAAUGAGGAUCACUCGGAUGAAGACUGCCUGA